AAUACAUUGCUCACAAUCAACCAGUCAUACGGUCCGCAAACGUCGGCCGAAACACAUACAUUUGAAUAUAUAUAUAUAUAAAAUUUAAAUUUGUUGUUGUUUAUAAGUAUUUGAGAAGAGAUAUCAACAAUGGAGAAAGAACCACAACCGGAUUCAUUAUCAGCGGUUACCGUUAAAGAAUAUGCUUCAUCGGAAGUGUAUGGCAGUGAACCACCCCCUGCAUACCAUCGUCAACAACCAGCUACAGCUGUCCAAGUAGCACGAAUUGCAGCUAUUACAAUAGUUGUAGUCACAUUUACAAUGGGAAUAUUUAUGCUUGCAAGCUCCUAUGUACAAGCUAAUGCUACAUGCGCACAUUUGCAACAAGAAUUAAUGCUUCUUCAAGAAGCAGCUGAAAGAUUUCAACCACCAGAAGCUUUAGUGCAGGAUGAACAAACUGCUGAAGAAUCGAAAGUGAAUUACAAACAAUCAAAAGAAUUAAAAGAAGAAACAAAAACAACAACUUCAAAAGCAUCUGAUGAAAAUGAAUCCGAUGAUAAUUCUUUAAAUUAUGAUGAAGAUGAUGAAUCGGAUGAAGUUAGUAAUAGUCAUACACCAAUUCAUUUUAAAUUACCAUUACAAUUAGAUUUUGAUGAUUUGGCUGGUGCUUUAAUUGAGAAAAAUCAAAAAUCAAGAAUGAAUUGUAUUGUUGAAAAGAAGCGUGCUGAUGAAGUCAUUGAUCAUAAACCAAAAACACUUCAGUUACCAUUUGGAUUGAAUUUAACGACUGACCCACGCUAUGAACAUGUUACUGGAGAAAAAAUGGCCAUUUACUGUGAAAGCGGAAACGAACAAAGCCAUACUCCCCCGCAACAACAAAACGAUGAAGUUUUAAUGCACAUUCAACCUAUCAUUAUUCCUUUGAAUGCCGAUGCCAUCCAACAACAACAAAUGCCACCACACCAAGUUCCACGAUUCCCAUUCAAUAUGAAACCAGUAGCCCCACCUCAACAACAAACUCCACCACACCGAAUGGCACCAAUGAUUCCACCACAUAUUAUUGCUCAACAUGUUGCACAAAUUCAACAACGAGUUGCAGCAGAACAAGCAGCACAUGCUCAACAACAACAACACCAACAACCUAGUCAACAAAGUCAAAUGUUCCAUCAUCCACAAAUGCCAAUGCAUCAACCAGAAGGUCAUCCACAAAUGCAAAUGGUUCCACAAGUAGCACGUUUUAUUCCACAACCAGGAAUGAGAGUUCCUAUGUCUGAAGCAGUAUUUACUCAUUCUCAACGUUUACCAAUCCCUGAAGAAGUACUCACGCAAAUUAAUCGUUUACCACAUGAAGAUGUCAUUGCAAUUCAAGUGUCUGAAGAAAGUGAUGAUCAAAAUCAAGAACAAGAUCGAAGAGAAUCAGCAGAAAAUAGAGUUGCUUCAGAAGAACAACGUCAAAAUGUCCCACAAAUGAGCGCACGACAAGCUUUUGCACGAAAUUUACCUGUACAAAUUCCUGUUCAAAUGAUGCCCCAAGAAAUGCCACAAGCAGCACCAUCACAAAUUAAUGAACAACACCGACCUCACUUUUUGCAACCACGUUCAAUUCGUAGUGUAGACAAUCCACUCAUCCAUCACCGUGAAAAAAGAGUAAAACGUUGCUCAUGUGAUUGCGCUUGUUAAAAAGAAGAAACUACUAUUAAAAACCACUUCAAAAAAAAUUU